AUGCCUGCACGCACAGACUCCCCUCUGGACAUUGCCAUCAUCGGCGCCGGACUCGGUGGCCUCAGCGCGGCCGUCGCUCUGCGGCGUCAAGGCCAUCGGAUCACCGUGUACGAACGGUAUGACUUCGCCGGCGAAGUUGGGGCGUCGCUGAGCGCCGCAUCGAAUGGGUCGCGCUUCCUGGAGGAAUGGGGGGUGGACGUGCCAGCGGCGAAACCGGUUAUUCUGAAGAAGCUGAUUAUGCACGACUGGGAGACCGGCGAGGUCAAGCAUGAGUAUGGUCUGGGUGACUACAAGGCCAAAUUUGGAACGGAGUACAACAACUUCCACCGCAUCGACAUCCACCAACAACUCCUCAAAUCCGCAUUCGAAGGGCCCGGCGCUGGCCUCCCUUGCACCCUCAAAGUCAACCACCGGGCUGUCUCUCUCGACGCAGAGGCCGGGACCAUCACCUUCGACAACGGGGAAUCGACCACCGCGGACCUGAUAAUCGCCGCCGAUGGCAUCCGUGUACGCCCCCUCCCAUCCCAAUCCCGCCCCCAGAUCGGCAUAACCCCGACCUUCACCCCCUCCACCUCCUGCUGCUACCGCUGCAUCAUCCACGCCGACAAGCUCCGCAGCCUAGGACUGGAAGACUUCAUCUCCAAUGAAGCGAUCGAGUACUGGGGCGGUUUCGGGAUCGACAAGAUCGUGCUCUCCCCGUGCAGCAACGGCGAGGUGGUGAGCUGCUACUGCUUCUACCCGGCCGAGUACAACGACCUGCGCGAGGACGGGUGGAAUAUUGAAGCAUCACCGGCGCAGCUCCUCGCAACCUUCCCGCGGCUGGAUGCGCGGAUGAGGUUGUUGAUGCGCCAUGCGGAGGAUAUUAAGAUGUGGCGGUUGUAUAAACACGAACCCUACCCCUAUUGGACCCGCGGGAAAGUCUGCCUCCUGGGUGACGCCGCCCACCCGAUGAUGCCUGACCAGUCGCAGGGCUCGUGCAUGGCGUUUGAGGAUGCGGGGGCGCUGGGACUGAUCUUCCACCGCGCCUUUGCGGAGGAGUAUAGCGUGGCAGAGGGGUUGAGGUUGUAUGAGCGACUCCGGAAGCCCCGGGCGACGCGCGUGCAGGAGGCGAGUUUCCGCGCGAGAGAGGAUUUGAAUGAGCGGAUUGGGUGGAGUAGUGGGAGGAGCAGUUCCGGGGCUGUGGAGCGGAAUGGGAAGUUGACGAUUGAAGAGGUUUGUGGGUAUAAUAUGCGGGAGGAUCUUGCUCGCUUGAGACAAUAG